GCCGGCCUCGACCUCAAGACACAUUCAUCUCGACAUGAAGUUCAACGCCGACGUCUCCUCCUCACGGCGCAAGUCGCGCAAGGCCCACUUCUCGGCGCCUUCGUCCAUCCGCCGCAAGCUCAUGUCCUCUGGCCUCUCAAAAGAACUCCGUGCCAAAUACAACACCCGUUCGCUACCCAUCCGAAAAGACGACGAAGUUCGCAUUGUCCGUGGAAAGUACAAGGGCCGUGAGGGAAAGGUCGUCCAGGUUUACCGCAAAAAGUGGGUCAUCCACGUCGACCGUGUGCAGAGGGACAAGUCGAACGGCGCAAGCGCCCCCAUCGGCAUCCACCCCUCUAACGUCGUUAUCACUACCAUCAAGCUCGACAAGGACAGGCGGGCAAUUUUGGACAGGAAGGAUCGAAGCAAGGCUGCUGGUGCACCCAGCGCUGAUGUCGAGAUGGUCGACUAAACCCUUCUUUCUUCUUUCGCAUUCGAGCAACACACAUAAAACAUAUUUACCACACUGCCUGCAAUAUUAUGAUGUAUGCUCACCCCUUCGCACUAUGACUUAUGAUCAAGCAUUUCGAAACGAAAUCGUGAAAUUAAUUC